CAGGGCGCCCCUGGGUCGGAGCUGCCGCCGUGGCCGCUGUUGCCAGAGCCAUGUACCGCAGCGGCGCCCGCUCCUCCGUCUCUUCGCACCGGCCUAAAGAGAGCAGCGGGGGCGGCCCGCGCACCGGCCGCAGCUCCGGCUCCUCCUCAGGCCCGGCUCGCCGCUCCUCGCCGCUGCCCUCCAGCUCCUCUUCGUCUCGGAACCCGGCUCGUCGUCCCCGUUCGCCCUCAGGGCACCGCGGCCGCCGGGCCUCGCCGUCCCCGCCGCGGGGUCGCCGCGGCUCCCCGUCCCCGCCCCGCGGCCGCCGGGCCUCGCCGUCCCCGCCGCGGGGUCGUCGCGUUUCCCCCUCCCCGCCGCGGGCGCGUCGCGGCUCCCCGUCGCCGCCGCGGAGCCGCCGACUCUUCCCGCCGGGCCCGGCCGGUUUCCGAGGCAGCAGCCGCGGGGAGUCCCGCGCCGACUUCGCCCGGGACGGCCGUGGAGACCAUCCAGGCGACAGCGGCAGCCGGAGACGCUCUCCUGGUCUGCGUUCUGACUCUUCUUUGGAACAGAGCUUAAGAAUCACUGUUGGCAAUGACCAUUUCUGUGUUGGCAUACCGGAACGGCGGCGGCUUAGUGAUCGACUGGGGUCGCCAGUGGAUAAUCUGGAGGACGUGGACAGGGAUGACCUGACUGAUGAUUCGGUCUUCACUCGAAGCUCCCAAUGCUCUAGAGGUCUUGAACGAUAUAUUUCCCGGGAGGAGGGACCUCUCAGUCCCUUCUUGGGACAACUAGAUGAGGACUACCGGACAAGAGAAACUUUCCUGCAUCGUUCUGAUUAUAGUCCCCAUAUCAGUUGUCAUGAUGAGCUGUUGCGGGGAACAGAACGGAAUAGAGAUAAACUCAAAGGCUCCUACUCUGUACGACCUGAGGAAAGGAGCCGGGAGGCCAAACGGCCCCGUUAUGAUGACACAGAGAAGAUACAUAGCAUGGGAGGUGAUCACUCAGGUUUUUCAUCAGGGACACGCAACUAUCGACAGCGUAGACGAAGCCCAAGCCCAAGGUUUCUAGAUCCUGAGUUUCGAGAGCUGGACCUUGCCAGGCGAAAACGAGAAGAGGAGGAGGAACGAAGUAGGAGCUUGAGUCAGGAGCUGGUCGGAGUUGAUGGUGGUGACACUAGCUGUCCCAUUCCUGGACUGUCAGGUGUCCUAACAACAUCAGAGCCAGGGUAUUCUUUACAUCGGCCUGAGGAAGUAUCUGUGAUGCCCAAGAAGUCAAUUCUGAAGAAACGGAUUGAGGUGGACAUGGAGCCUUCCAUUCAGAUUGAGAAUUUUUCCAGCAAUACCAGCUCCAGCCAGGAUCACCCUGUCUACUCUGGUCACCCGUCUCUUCCACUAAGUGGUGCUAUUGCUGCUUUUGCCUCAGAGAUUGAAACCAAGGGGACUAUGGUAGAGACUACCUUGAAGGAACCUCAGAGCAACCUCUAUCAAUGGGGUCCCCUCCCUGGGAUGCCCAAAGACAACAGUCCUCUCAGAGAGAAGUUUGGAAGUUUUCUGUGCCACAAGGGAAAAUUGAAUAUGAAGGCUGAGGGGCCUGAACGACACACAGACUUCUUGCUGCCCCAUGAGAGAGCUAGCCAGGAUGGCAGUGGUUUUUCCCGCAUUUUGAGCAUGCUGGUAGAUUCUACCAGUACACAGGAAAAAAGGCGCCGUAGUUUCCCUGACAUUGAGGAUGAGGAGAAAUUUCUCUAUGGGGACGAAGAAGAGGAUUUAAAGGCAGAAUCCCCACCAAAGCCCUUUGGGAGCUCUGAGAAUGAAGUCAUGAGACAGAAGGCAAGCUCUGUGCCCUCUCCAGCUCCAGCUGUAAAACUAGAAUCCAUAGAAGAGAGCAAUCCAGAAUAUGCCAAGAUUCAUGACUUGCUCAAGACCAUUGGGCUAGAUAUUGGGGUAGCAGAGAUUAGUAAACUGGCUGCACGCACUCAGGAACGACUUCAUGGCAAGAAACCAUCACGUUCCUCUGCUGACCGCCGUCCAUCAGUUGACCGGAACUUUUCAGCAGAACACUGUUCCUCAGUUGACCACCAUUUCUCAGCUGAUCGGCACUCCUCAGACCCUCACAGACUGGAGAGCAGAGAGGCACACCAUAGCAAUACCCAUUCCCCAGAGGUGUCCCAUCCACAUCCAGUCUCCCCUGUAGACCCUUACCUGCUCACAAAAAACAGCCCCCCAUUCCUAAAGUCUGACCAUUCAGUGGGUCCUAUUACAGGACCAGAGGUGGUUGGCAGUGGGUUUCAGUCAUCUGUGGCAGUCAGAUGCAUGUUACCAUCAGCCCCAUCUGCCCCAGUUAGACUUACACACCCUGCUUCUUUAUCACAGUUUCAUAUGCCAAGGGCCUCUCAGUUUGCUACAGCUCGGAUACCUCCAAACUACCAGGGACCUGCCAUUCCUCCUGCUUCCUUUGAUGCCUAUAGGCACUACAUGGCAUAUGCAGCCUCAAGGUGGCCCAUGUACCCUGCCUCUCAACCAUCAAACCACUCUCUACCUGAACCACACAGGGUACUACCAGUUACCAAACAAGCUACUCGUAGCCGUCCCAAUCUCCGUGUAAUCCCCACUGUGACUCCUGAUGAGCCCAAGCAGGAGGAGUCAGUGCUAGGCUCAAUUCCUACUGCCCAAGUGCCUGUCCAGGUGGCCAUACCAUCACUCAUAAGAUACAAUCCAGAGAAGAUCUCUGAUGAGAAGAACCGUGCUUCCCAGAAGCAGAAGGUUAUUGAAGAGAGGGAAAAGCUAAAGAGUGACCGGGAAGCUCGCCAGAAGAAGAUGUACUACCUCAGGACUGAAUUGGAGCGGCUUCAUAAACAACAAGGAGAAAUGCUGCGUAAGAAACGAAGGGAGAAGGAUGGCCACAAAGACCCACUCCUGGUGGAGGUGAGUCGGCUUCAGGAUAACAUCAUGAAGGACAUUGCAGAACUUCGACAAGAGGCAGAAGAGGCAGAAAAGAAACAGUCUGAACUGGACAAAGUAGCUCAGAUCUUGGGAAUUAACAUUUUGGAUAAAUCCCAAAAGUCUUCAAAUGACAGUAGAGAGACUACAGAGAAGGCUGGGAAAGCAGAAAAAUCUAAGAGCCCAGAAAAAAUGUCAUCAUCCUCAAACUCCUCUUCCAACAGCAAGGAAUCCAAGGUAAACAGUGAGAAUUCCCAUAUUAAGAGCCCCAAGCCUGCUGAGAGCCCCCAGCCAGCUGUUAAGCAGUCUGAUCAGCCCAUUGCUGCGUAUGAGUAUUAUGAUGCUGGCAAUCACUGGUGCAAAGACUGCAACACCAUCUGUGGGACCAUGUUUGACUUCUUCACUCAUAUGCACAAUAAGAAGCACACACAGACACUGGAUCCCUACAACAGACCUUGGGCUUCAAAGACCCAGAGUGAGGCCAAGCAAGAUGCUGUAAAACGUACUGACAAGAUAACUGUUCCUGCAAAAGGGUCUGAGUUUCUGAUUCCCAUCACUGGAUAUUACUGCCAGCUCUGUGAGGAAUUUUUGGGGGAUCCAAUUUCCGGAGAGCAACAUGUAAAGGGUCACCAACACAAUGAGAAAUACAAGAAAUAUGUGGUUGAAAACCCAUUGUAUGAGGAGCGGCGGAAUCUGGACCGUCAAGCUGGCUUGGCUGUGGUCCUGGAGACAGAACGGCGACGGCAGAAUGAGCUAAAGCGCAAACUUAGUGAGAAACCAAAGGAAGAGAAGAAAGAAAAGAAGGCAAAAGUCUUGAAGGAAGUAAAAGAGGAUGACAGAGUCUCUGAGGAAUUAGAGGACCAACUCUCUGAGGGUGGGAACUCCCCUGAAAAGGCUGAAAAUAAAAGAAAGUCUAGCAUCAAACUCCAAUUAAAGGAAGAGGUAAAGAAAGAAUCACCAACAUCAUCUUCUUUUGGGAAAUUCAGCUGGAAGAAGCCAGAAAAAGAGGAGGAAAAAAGUUCAGUGGUCCCAAGUAUUCCUAAGGAAGAGGUUGCGGAAAACAAUAAGGACAAAGAGGAUGGGAAAGCUGAGGCUGGGAAGGCAAAGCCCAUCAAAAUCAAGCUCUCUGGGAAAACGGUUGUUGCACAUACUAGCCCUUGGAUGCCCGUUGUGACAACUUCAACCCAGACUAAGAUCCGACCCAACCUACCUAUCCCAUCCACAGUACUCCGCAAGUCAAGUUCAGCCACGGUGAGCAAGCCAGCUCCUCUUAACACCUUUCUGUCCAUCAAGUCCUCUGGAACUACUGCUAAGCCUCUACCAGUAGUUAAAGAGUCUUCAGCUGAUCUUCUCUUGCCUCCUGAUAUAAUCUCCAAAGCAUUUGGUGGGGAAGAGGUAAUUCUAAAAGGGUCUCCAGAGGAAAAAUUGGUCCUGGCCGAAAAGAAUGAGCCAUCCCAUAUACCUGAACAAGUGCUACCACCUCCUCCACCCCCUCCUCCACCACCCCCUCCUCCACCCCCAGUUAUACCUCAUCUAGCUUCUCCAUCUCCUGCUCAAACAAAUGCUGUCUUGGCUCCGGUCAAAUCAAACCCAGCUGUAUCUCACACUCUCAGCCCUGGCUUCCUGGGUCCUAACAUUUUGAACCCUGUGUUGCCAGUAGCCAUCAUGGCCUCAGCACAGCCAGCUGCCAUUCCUUCCGAUGAGACGGCUCCUGGGGUGAGUGAAAGUGAUCGAGACCAGACCCUGUUCUCUGUGUUAGUGCGUCCUCCACCUCCCCUCUCAAGUGUGUUCAGUGAACAAGCCAAAAAAUUGGAAAAGCGAAAUUCAUGCUUAGCCACAGCCAAUGCUAAGGACCUAUAUGAUAUAUUCUACAGUAGUGGUGGAAAGGGGGCCCCUGAGACUAAGCUGAGUGGUGGUCUAUUGGCCAAUGGGGAAAAUAGCAAUCUUUCUAGAGUCGAAAGUUCAGACACCUCUUCCACUUCUACUUUGAACAGUAGUACAUCCCAAGAGGAGUUGCCUCCAAAUAGAAGUUUGAUCUCUGCUCCUGAAAAGCCCACUGCAAAAACUCUGGUGUCCCUAGGGAAAUGGUCAGUUAUAGAACGCACAGACUCAGAAAACAGAGGCAGUGGCUAUGGAUUCCUGCAGCCUCUGACAAGGUUGUGCCAAAGCAGGCCUUAUGAAACUAUUACCCCAAAGACAGACACUUUGGCCAUGUGGACGUCUAGCUCCUUCCAGAGUGAUGCUAGUAGGGAUAUAUCUCCAGGAGGAAAAAUCGAGCUUGAUCUGGGAGAGCCAGGGCCACCAGGUGUAGAACCAGUCCCUCAGCUGUCAGAUAUGCACUGUCAUAUCAGGGAAUCUCAGAAGUUGGUAGAAACCCACCAUAUAGAAUCUGGUAACCAGGAUGAGGAAAUUCAAGACCUCCACAGAUCUAAGGAUUGUGAGGAAAGUGAGGCAGAGGUACACAAUGAACUAAGAAAAAAGAGACCAAAGCUUUCUGAGGGGAUGGUAGGAGAGGAAACUGGUAUCAGUGCUGGGCCCAAUAGCAUAGAGGAUUCUAAUUUGAAUCAUGGAAACAGAUGUACAUGGGAGGGAGAAAUAGAAGAGCCCGGGGUGCAAAUAACAGACAAAAAGCCUGAACAGUCCAAGAAAUUGAUAACAGUAAGUGAAACUCAAAGUAAGGUAGUGAGUGACUUGAGUGCUCAGGCUCUCUCUUCCACAAAGGCAAAAAUGGACACAUUUCUGCCAGAAGCUAGGUCUUUACUCCAGAACCCACAAGAUACACCUGUGAAAGUUUCUGUUCCAGAAUUGCUUCUCCAGUCCCCAGCCAGAUCAGAUAUGUGUUUAACAGACAGUACACAGGAGCAAGGAGUUUCACCUGGUAAUGAAGAGUGGCUAGAAAAUUCAGCUCCAGAAUCUGCUUCCAGGAUGAGUUACAGAAGCCUCAAACUCAAGAAAGAAAGAUCAAAAGACUUUCAGGGUAAAAUGAUUUAUGAACUGGCUGUUUGGGAUGAAAAGAAGAAGUCAGAAACCUGGGAGAGCCCAGAGAAACCAGAAACAGAAGCGCUGGAGCUACAAGAUGUCCAUCCAGAAUUAACAGUGGCAAUAGAAAGCAAGGCCUUAGAAGACUUUGCAGUUACAGACUUAAAAGUAGAAGAGGUUGCUUCCCUGGGGAACCUGGCAGAUAUGGGUGUUGAUUUCUGCAAUACUCGGGUAGACCAAGCACAUAGAUCCCCAAAUGCCCUGUCUCAGAAAGUGUGUGAAGAAAAUUCUAUGUCACCUGUAGGAUGUAAUCCCUCUACUUUCCCUGACUUGGAACCAAUCCCAUCCUUUCCUGAGUUUCCAUUAGAUUCUCCCAAAAACCUGGUGCUUAACUUUGGAGCAGAAGGUGAACAAAACUCAUCUAAUCCCAGAAGUGGAAGGAUCAUGCCUAACAUUUUGAAAACUGGACUUCCUAUAGAAAAUGUUGACCUUGGUUUGGGGAGCUUAGAGGGAACACACCAAGCACUUGACCUAUUAGCAGGAGGAAUGAUGCCUGAGGAAGUAGAAGAAACUUCUCAAUUAGAGAAACAAGAUUCACUCAGAUUGGAAUCAGAAACAAUUCAUCCUGCAGGCCUUGGGCCAUCUCCUUGCCUUCCAGACCUUGUUGAAUUUGUCACACGGACAUCUGGAAUUCAAAAAGAAAAGAUCUGUUCUCCUCUUUCUGAGCCAGGUGACCCUCCUAAGUGUAGUUCCCUGGAGACGGGACCACUACAGCUAGAAAUACCGAAAGUGUCCACACAGUUAGCAAUUCCUCAAGUAGAUGAGGACACUGACCACCCUUUGAAUUUGGUAAAAUCUCUGGCUUCAGGAUCCCCUACAAGGGAGCAAGUAGUUGGAGGCAAUAUGGUCCCUCAGGAAAUAACUGCACAAGAAGCUUCAGUUGCUGCCACCCAGGACCACACAGAAUCCAGUGUUCAUGACUAAAAGUACACGUCCAGAGCUACUUGUGGAUGAAUCAAAUUGGCUUCUAGAAAUAAGGUGCCCAGGUGAUCCAGGACUAGUUGGCUAUCUCAUCUGGAACCUACACCAAGAGAUGCAGUAAGCAUCUUACAGUAAAUGUUCAUGGAAGCCAAAAAGUUUACCUCUUUUCCGUUUUUUCUUUUUUCUUAAGAUACCAGAAAAAUCAAUCAUAACUUCUAUACAUAUCUGUAAAAAAGUAUUUUCUGUUAUUAUUAUUAUUAUUAUUUUUAUUUUUUGCCAAUUUGCUUUCUCCUACUUUGUCAUUAAAAUCAAAAUGUCUGUCUGGCUCACCACAUAGUGUGCUUUGAUUGUAUUUUGGCUUUGACUCUGCCAUUUCUGGAAUGUGGGGGUGGAGGGAGACAGAGAGCUGACUUCUCCAAUUGCUAUGUUGUAUUCCUACCCAAUUUCCUGGGCAGCUGAUGGAUCUCUGGGAGAAACAACAGAAAGCCUGCUGAAGUGGAAAACUACUAAUGAAGGAAGGAUUGUUCAUCUCUUAGGCUUCCAUUUGGAUGGGCCUGCCUUAACAUUGUUUGAAAUGCAGCGUGAGUAGCUCUUUUGUUUACUGUUUACUUCCUUGUACCAUGUCAGCCCCAUACUUCCUUUAUUCUGUUGCCUUUGCUUGAAAUGGUCCUGCUAACCCACAUAUCUCUUUGGAAAUGGCCUCAAUAAACAUGGAAGAAAAUCUAGCAGGUUCACUUUUGGAAGACGACGAAUCGGUAAGGCUUAUUCAUGGCUCACUGCCAGGAGCAGAUAUGCUUUUUGGGUCAUUUUUAUUUUUGAAACGGCCUUUUUGUUCAUUGUAUUGUGAUCCAGUAACAUUUUGUGUUAAAUUGCUUAGCAGCCAUUUCUGUUCUGAAGAGGUAGAAGAGCUGAAACUUGUUUUGGGAUUGGACUCAUUCUCUGUUCCACAAUCCAUAUGUGUUCCUUCCUCUACCUCUCCCUUUCCCAAGUUAAUUCCACCAUAGUGUGAUGUUUGGGGUUGUACAUUUUGUUCAAAAGAUUAAAGAAUUUAUGAGUUGGCUUGGACAAGUUUAAUUUU